UUAGUAAAAAAUACUCUCUUCGUCCUGAAUUGAAUAGCAAACUUUUACUGGGACAAAGAUUAAGGAAGGGUAAUAAAUGAUGCUUGCUUUUUACACUUUUGCUCAUCUUCCUAAAAGUAGAUGUGUUUAAGUUAAUGAAAAAAAGUAAAAAUAAGGACAAAUUUGUCACUUUAUUCUUAUUUACAUAUUUAAAAAAGAAAGUGAAAAAUUUUUUUGAGACAAUCAAAAUAGGAAUUUUUACAAAUCAAAUUGAGACAGAGGACACGUACUACAAAAGAAAUCUGUAAAUAUGCAGCCUACUAUCCGGUGAUGCCUAGCAAAAAUCAGACCUAAAUCUCAAAAUUUGAGAUUUGGAAAAAUACGGCACAGAUCCGGGCGAGAUGGCCGAAGGUGAUGCUCUGGUAUUGGAAGACCAGGUACCGCCAGAGCACCCGGAUCUACACCUCGCCGACUUCAGCCACACCGGCGGUCCCUCGCCGGGCGUGUCUCGCAGAGCUGCCACGACGUCAGCCAGCAGGUCGUUCCACCGCCGCGACGGUCACCCCGGGACGAGCUACCAUGAUCGAUGGCCGCUUGAGGCCUGGAAAAGCAAAUUGAACGCCAUGGACUUCUUCUCUGUUGUCGUUGCGGCGUCGGAUCCGAAGAAGCCCCUUUUCUCUCUCGUCGACAGCAAGGAUGAUCGAUGGGUCCACGCCUCUUCCCAGCCGAGGUAGUCUGUAGCAGCGGCACUCUCACGCCUCUAUUCCAUAGCAGGUACCAGGGGAGACGAGGACGGCUGGAACAUCAUAGCCAGAUCCGAUCUGUAGCCCAGCAAAUCCAGACGGCUCCUCUCUUCUGAACGCCGUUGGAGAAGAUGACUGCCCACCGCUGGACUUCUUUUCUUUCUCCCAGCAGCCUUCAAUCUUGACCGGUCAAAAUUCCACCCUUCUUUUUAUCAAAGCAAUACAUUCAAUUUUGACCUAGUCAAAAAAUAAUUGAGAUGUCAAUAACCACGGAAGGUGUUGGGGACUUGGAAAAUACAAGCGUCUAAGCUACGGACUAUUAUUUAAGGUCGUGUGGGGUAAAAGAAGAUGGAUCCAAAGUAACUCAUCACUAAGCAAGUAAGGAUACCUGAGCUCUGGUUCAAUCGUUUUUGAUCAAGCACUGCAUUCAGACAGGAGUGAUUAUCAACGGCGGCAUAUCAAACAUUAAAAUCUAUAUUUGUAUUUUGUAAUUUCUAUUAUUUUAUUUUUUUUGAAAUUGUAGGCUAGUCAUUGGUGCUUGCAAGUCACACUCGCGUAGCAUUGUUGUGAGGUUGUGCACGUUGCAGCUAUCGCCAUGUACGUUCGUAUGCUCUGCGUCCAUGCGCCCCUACGUGCCCAACACGGUCCCCGACGUGAAGCGCAUCACGAUGCUCACCCCAUUCGCAAACAUCUUCAAGCUGCCGAACACCCCAGCGACAAUCGGUGAGUUGGGUACCCUCUACGCGAGCCCCAUCUGGUGAGGUGGACGUAAUGUCAUGGCCCAGAAGCUUGGUUUCGCGAGCUCGCCCUUGGGCGAGACGGUCGCACAGUCAUCACCAGAAGGCUUGGUUGCACAAGCUCAACCCGGCGACGUGAGCAUUCGGUCACCACCCAGAGGCUUGGUCGUACGAGCCCGAUCCGACGAGAUGGGUAAGCAGUCAUUACAUGGAGACUUGGUUGCACGAGCUCAAACUGGCGGGGUAGACGUAAUGUCACGACCCGGAAGCUUGGUUUCGUGAGCUCGCCCUUGGCGAGAUGGCCGCAUGGUCGUCACCAGGAGGUUUGGUUGCACAAGCUCAACCUGGCGACGUGAGCAUUCAGUCACUACCAAGAGGCUUGGUCGUACGAGCUCGAUUUGACGAGAUGGGAAAGCAGUCAUUACAUGGAGAGUUGGUUGCACGAGCUCAAACUGACGAGGUGGAUGUAAUGUCACGACCCGAAGGCUUGGUUUCGCGAGCUCGCCCUUGGCGAGACAACCACACGGUCGUCACCAGAAGGCUUGGUUGCACAAGCUGAACCCGGAGAUGUGAGCAUUCGGUCACCACCAAGAGGCUUGGUGGUACGGGCUCGAUUUGACGACACAAGAACACAUUCAUUGCAUGGAGUUGCACAAGCUCGACUCAACGAAGUGGGUGUACCGUCUUUGCCGGGAGCCUUGGUUGCACAGCCUCGUCAUAGUGCGCAAGUCCGAGAUGAUAAUGAUGAAUAUCAUGUUGCCCAAGCUCGCACAGAUGGGUCGACCAUACAUCAACUAAAGUCUAUCCCACUUUAUCCAAAGGAAGUUCAGGACCUCUCAGACAAUCCUACACCGAGGGCGAAACUCAUCAUGUCAUCGAGGAUGGAAUGACCCCCCUACGUGGAUUGAAGUCACGAUCGUGCGCUCAAAAUCAGGCACGAUCGUGCGUGAAGAGAAAGCAUCGCGGAGCUACUGCUAUGCAGACACGAUCGUGUCUGGAGGGAGGCAUGAUCGUGCCUGCUUAAAAUGCGUGUUUUUGCUCCGGAAGCACGAUCGAAGGCACGAUCGUGCCUGGCACCGUGCUUGCAUCCGGAAAUCUCAAUUCAGCUCAAAUUUUACCCGAUUUUUCCUAUUUAAAUAGCCUGUAAACCCCUGUUUUAGGGGGGAGCUUAGAGAGAGUGCCAAGCACGAAAUUUAGAGAGCUUUUAAGCCUUGUUCAUCAAUCUUUUGGGAUUCUUUGUAAGUUCCAUCUUUUUAAUUAACGACAAUUAAUUCUAUUCAGCC